CACCGAGUUAAUUGGGAAAACAUCGCUGAGAAAAAUACGGGCAGCUUGUGAUUUCCAUUUUAUUUAUUUAUUUUCUCAACUAUUUGUUUUUCUCUGUGAUGUCAAUUUGUUGGAUAUUAUUUUAUCGAGUUUUUGCGUCUUUCUGAGCUUGAGUUCAAACCGAGUCCAUUGAUCGUUUUGAGAAGUCAUUAUUCAGUGAGAGCUCCGACAGUGCAAACAUUGAAAAAAGUUCGUUAUCUGAAUCGUUGAGGAGUGAUUAGACUAUUUUGUAUCUGAUAUUGAAAUUCGGUUGACGGAGUGUUUAGUUAAGAGUUCGAAAACUAGAUGCAUCGAUGAAUAAUACGAGUAUUUACUAUAUUGCAUGCGUAUCUUAAAGAAAGUUCAUUGAGGCCUGUGGUAGAUACGUGUAUGUACUAUAAUUAAUUUCUCAAUUCAGCUCCGACUUGUUUACGUUUGGUGUAAAUUUUCAUUGUGGUUUUCACAUGAACUCGUAUUAUCAACUUUUAAACUGAUAGCUGAGUAAAGAUUUAAGCGUUUUCAAAACGACCUCGAGGUUGAAAGAAGUGAAUGUGGUUUAAAUACCUUUCGUAAUAUAGAUAGAAUCCAAACAGGUGUUUCAAAAGUGUGGUUAGAUAGUACCUAGCCAGUGUCUUGCAUACAUAUAUGUGCAUGCUGUGAAUAGUUCUGCUGUACAACAUUGUAAACACAUUGGGGGUAAAUCAAUUAAAAUUGAUUUUCUAAAAGGAAGACGAAGAUGGUGAAAUAGGCGCAUAGUUUCCCAAAAAUAACCGAGAAUACUCUUGACACGAUAUAAACGCAAAUACCAAGUGAUAAAGAUGAUUAAAAAAGAACUUGAUUUACUUACUAACAUAAUGGACACCUCAAGUUGUUCAAUGGGAAGGAGCGAAGGAGACGAGGAAGAUGAGGAGGCGUUCUUUUCGUCUGAAGAUUUUGAAGUUGUGGACGCAAGUGACUGUGAUAUAGACAUACCAGAAACCAAAGACAACAAUUUCGAAAGAAUGGAAAUAUCUGAAGGGACGAUGGAAGCGCAACAAGAACAAACUGAGGAGAAUCGAGAGAUUGCUUUAUGUGAUGGGAGUCAGUUGGCAAUGAGUUCUCAGCAAAACAGGAUGCGCGUAGCCUUGGGGGUGCUAAUCAGAUUGGUUGUUCCUCUUUGCAAUGGAUUUGUUCGCGGUUGGCGUGGAAUACGUGGCGUUCGGCUCCUAAAAGCUUUAAGAAAUAUCCGAGCAAGUAGGCAGACUUUGACGAAUAUGCUCGCUUUUGCGGCGAACACAAUAUCCAUGAGCCUGUCGUCCGUACAAGUGGUUCAUAGAAUCGACCCUAUAUUAAAAAUCAUUAAAUUGAGAAAAGGACCAGCUAUCGCGUCUGGAGACGGAGCGACAGAGGGAUCAUCCCGGCUAGUUAUUCAUCGUGCUAUUAAGUUAGAGCCAGAGGAACCAGAGAAAUGUGUAACAUUAAAUGUUUUGGCUGAACCACCACCCGGAACUCCUAUACGGGCUGAUAUUGUCUUCAUUCACGGUCUACAUGGAUCGCUUGUGAACACUUGGAAGCAAGGACUGUGGAAGUCUGAGGGACGACGUGUGAAAUUUGAAAGACCACCGCGACCACCGAUUCGCCCACCGAAACGACCGCGACAUUCGCGUUCUACUCUGAUUCGGCCACCGCAUUUAAGAAAACGUGCUAGAUACUGUGGAUCCAGUGAUAAUUCCGGCUAUAGCUCUGAUGAUGAGUAUGUAUUAGAUGAGCAGCAAAAAACUCAUACAAGAAGCUACACCUUCGAAGCUGGCAAACCAAAUUCAAUUGAGUUCUGCGAUGACGUUGAAUAUAGUUUCCCUACGUUCCGCCUCAGAGAAGAGGAUCGACGUGACAGGUCGCCAUCUCCUGGUUUCAUCCAUUCCACAAAUGAUAAACAUAAACAUACUGAACCGUCCGAGGAUCAAGAGAAAUGGUCACCAUGUUGGCCAGGUGAUUGGUUACCUUUAGAUUGUCCUGGAGUACGAGUCAUUGCAGUGAACUAUACCACGGACCCAUACCUUUGGCGACCGGUGUGGGUGAAGAAGCGCAAUCGUUCAUCACUGUCAGAACGUGCCAGGGAGAUGACCGAUCUACUCAUAGAAAAGCGGGUUGGUUAUGGACAUCCGAUUGUUUGGGUUGGCCAUUCCAAAGGUGGAAUCUUCAUAAAGCAAAUCCUGAUUGAUGCAUGGGAAAGUGGUAGACCAGCGGCUGCACCCCUAUGGCGGUUCUCACGCGGUGUAUUCUUCUAUUCUGUGCCGCAUCGAGGUUCGCCACUAGCAGACUUCAAUUUGCCAUUGCUGAGGCAAUCUAUUGAACUCACCGAAAUACAAAAGGAAUGUCCGGGAAUCUUAGAGUUGCAUAAACGAUUUUUGUCACUCUAUCAAAGUGGCCAUUUGAAGAUUGAUGUAUUCAGUUUUGUUGAAACAGCUUUAACACUGAUGUCGGUCUUGUAUUUGCGAAUAGUUGGUAUCGAUUCAGCAGACCCCGGUAUUGGCGAAGUUUGUGGCGUCCAUUUAGAUCAUCGAGAAAUAUGUAAACCUCGCAGCCGAAAGUGCAUCCUUUAUACAGCGCUCACACGAAUGAUCAAUAAAGUUAGUUAACGAAUAAAACACGCUGACGACCUUGUUGCACGAUUUUUCAAAAUAUCUCUUACGAAUCGAACGACCUUUUAUAUCCAAACAUUUUAUCUCUCCUACUUUCGGAAUAAUUCAUUGAAAAUCAAUUUAAUAUUAAACGGUAUUAAUAAAACUUGUUCCAAGAAAGA